AUCUCCUUAGCGACAAAUAUGUUUUCUUCCAUUCGUGUUUAUUUCCUACUUGUUGCAUCACGUUAACCCAAUUGAUGCGCAUGCGCUAAAUUUUCGAUAAAAAAACCCGGCUUAUAAACCGUGUUUUCGUUUUCGACUUUAUUCUUGUUACUACGUCGAUUUUCUUUAAUUCAACAACUUUGUUUUAAUAAAUCAAGAAGAUGACCCCUACAGAAGUGGCUGGAAUGAAAUUGGGUAAUUUAAUUAUCGAGGGUAAAACGAAACAAGUUUUUGAUUUACCCUCAAUGCCCGGGCACUGCAUCUUAGUAAGUAAAGAUCGUAUAACCGCCGGGGAUGGUGUAAAAUCCCACGAACUACUUGGAAAAGCUGCAAUUUCAAAUAAAACCAACGCUAAAGUUUUUGAAAUAUUAAAUCAAGUUGGUAUUAAAACAGCCUUCGUAAAAUUAGCAAGCGAAAACUCAUUUAUAGCGAAAAAAUGCGAGAUGAUCCCGAUUGAAUGGGUUACUCGACGUUUAGCAACUGGCUCAUUUUUGCGAAGAAACACGGGUGUACCCGAAGGAUAUCGUUUUUAUCCGCCAAAACAUGAAACUUUCUUUAAAGAUGAUGCCAAUCAUGAUCCGCAAUGGUCUGAAGAACAAAUUAUUUCAGCAAAAUUUAAAUUCCAUGGGAAAGAAAUUGGAGCCGUUGAGGUUGAUAUUAUGCAAAGAAUGAGUAUUUUGGUUUUCGAAGUUUUAGAAAAAGCUUGGGCUACAAGAAAUUGUGCUUUAAUUGAUAUGAAAAUUGAGUUUGGUGUUGAUGAAAAAGGUGAAAUUUUAUUGGCUGAUAUCAUCGAUUCCGAUUCGUGGAGAUUAUGGCCUUCGGGAGAUAAACGAUUAAUGGUCGAUAAACAAGUUUAUAGAAACUUAAGCACUGUAACCCAAUCCGAUUUAGAUACCGUUAAACGUAACUUUGAAUGGAUCAGCGAACAAUUACAACAUUUAACUCCAAUAAACGAUCAUUUAAUUGCAAUUUUAAUGGGAAGUCCUUCCGAUAAAGAUUUUUGUUCAAAAAUUAAAACCGCAUGUGAAUCUCUUGGUUUAAACGUUGAAAUGCGAAUCACUUCCGCUCAUAAAGGCACUGAAGAAACGUUAAAAAUUGUUCGAUACUAUGAAUCGCUACCUUUAAAAACAAUAUUCAUCGCUGUGGCUGGUCGAUCAAACGGAUUAGGACCUGUUGUAUCGGGAAAUAGUUCUCAACCGGUUAUUAAUUGCCCCCCUGUUAAAACUGAUAAUGUUGGGAUGGACGUUUGGUCAAGUUUGAAUGUUCCUUCGGGUUUAGGUUGCUCUACGGUUAUGUAUCCUGAAGCAGCGGCUUUGAAUGCAGCGCAAAUGGUGGGGUUAUCUAAUUAUGUUGUUUGGGGUAAAUUGAAGGUUAAACAUUUCAAUAACUACGUUUCACUUAAAAUUGCUGAUAAGGAUUUGCAAUAAAAUAUUUGAAAUUAUGUUAUUUAGAUAUUAAGGAAUAAUUUUUGAAAUAAAAGUUUUGUAUGUA